GUGUUGGGUUGUAGCGUAACUUUGGUAGGAUCGAAUGCAUGGUAUUUUUCAUAUCCUGGGGAGGCAGGCGGUUAGGAGGUGGGGAUUUUGGGAGCUCCCAAAAGGACUUGGAAGGGGAAAAUCAAGCUAUGAAAUGCUUGAAAUCACGACGGUGAAGCACUGAGUUCAGCUUGAGUUCACAUCAAUUACAAGUAAUUCAUAAAUUCGUUGCCUUUCCGGAUCGUUUUGAAUUUCCAUUAGCUGAUUGAGAAAGAGUGCUGUAAAUGGAUAACACAAGCAAAGAGCUAGAAUUGGAGUCUUUACCAACAGGGGUUUUCGAGUUACCGGGAGAGCCUGCGAUAGUAAUUAAUGGCGUGCCAGACAUCUCUCCGAGUGAUGCUGCUCUUGUUCUCUCAAGUACGUGUGGAAUUACAAGUCAAAAUGCAGAUUUUUUCAGAGAUUCGAGUUUCGGUGAAUGGUUGGAAGGAAGAGAGGUUCGGAAAUUGUUCGGAGAGAGCUAUUUUAGCGGUACUGUGUCUCUGUUCGAUAAGGAAACUGGCUGGUACAGGGUGGUGUAUGAAGAUGGUGAUUCCGAAGAACUUGACUGGAAAGAGUUGCAAGAGGUCCUUCUGCCUAUUGAUAUUACAGUUCCACUGAAGUCACUAGCACAGAAGAUUAUCAAGAAGAACCAGAAGACUGUAAUUCACAAAUCAGUAAAAAGUGUAACCCGCCCACGAAUUACCAAAGCUACAAUUUCAGGAACCUUAGAGAAAGAAAACUUGACGGACACAUAGAAGCUUUUCGGAGAGUUCUCAGGUGUACAUGAAUCUGUGACUCCAUUUUGAAGGAUUUCGUAUACCUACUUGCUAGGUCAAUUGCAACCAAGAAUGCUAUACUUCUCGUCAGUAAAGUUUUGUUGUGCUUAGAAUUUUUAUUUUUUGAACAAAAUGCGAUACAACAACUGCAUUUUUUUUGUAUCAAAUUGUGCCUGACUGGUUUGUUGUUGACUUACACAGUUGCUUUACAUCUCCCAGUAUUUUGCCUCUGCUCA